CGCCAGCACAAAUCUAGAUAAUAAUUACAGGCUAGAAGAACGUGUCCUUUUUUUCUUUUCUUUUUUUUUUAAAGAGUUGACUAUCGACUUUCUGGUCGAGCUAUCGCAAUUACACAGUUGAAUGUAUAUCGCGAAGUGAUUUUAUCAGAUCUGAGGACGGGGGAGAAGUAAAGAAAGCAAAUGUAAUUAUAGACACAUUAAAAUUGUGUGUUUGUAACAAAGAGACUAGUAUAGUUCACAUUUGAUGUUCUGGUUUAAUUUAAUUCAUGCAUUGUAUUCAAGCUAAUAAUUUUGUGCUAGUUUGUAUGAGAAAAACUACGUUUACCGUAGUUAAGAAUAGACUUCUACGGAACAGUGAGAGCACGAAGAGUUAAAAUCAGGAAAUUUGGUCUGCUUUCUGUAUUGCGACGUAUUACAAAUCUCUGGUUUCAGUAAGGUGUUCGAUACAGACUGAUUUUCGUACUGUGUAUAAAUACAAAAUUAUCAUUAAUAUUUUUCGUGUCAGUACAUGGUCAUCAGUAAAUUAGAACCUAAUCGGUAAUUAUAAUGCCGCUUGUAAAAUUGCCGUGGAAAAGUAACACAGUAGUAAGACAGGAAAAAUGGAACAUUUCAGGUUCGGUAAUGGUAACUCAUAGAGUGUGCGACGAGUUGUUUUCAUCUCCCCAGCAGAGUAGCGCUGAGGGUUGUAAUGAUACACAACUUCCAUUAAAAUGAACGUGAAUUAAUAAGUGGGCAUGGGUUCUGAUCAACAGUUCUGUCUGCGAUGGCACAAUUACCAGAGUAACCUUCUUGCAACAUUACCGCAGUUCUUGGACAGUGACAAUCUGACUGAUGUCACAUUAUCAGCUGGUGGACGAAGUAUUCGAGCACACAAGGUUGUCUUGUCUGCUUGUAGUCAGUAUUUUAACGAGCUUUUCAAGGUGCUGCAUCCAAUACAACACCCUGUUGUAGUUAUACCAGGGACAACAUUUUCAGAUCUGUGUGCACUUGUAACAUUCAUGUAUAGUGGAGAAGUUAACAUAUAUCAGGAACAGCUUCAGGGUCUCUUAAGCAUGGCAGAUGCCAUGCAGAUCAGAGGACUAGCUGAAGUCAGUGGGGGUGGAAAAAAUACUGUUCCAAGAAAGGAAAAUUGUGGACAGAUGAAACGUUCGAGGUUAUCUAUGCAGACACCUGGAGGGACAGACAUUAUGAAUGCAGAAGGAAGUAGUGACCAGUGUGGACUACAGCCCUUGCAGGCAGAAUCUGUUGCUAACAAUUCACAAUAUCAGAAGGGCAGAAAUGACAGUAAGUGUGGAUUCCCCAACAGGCGAACAUUGACAGCCCAGCACUCUAAAGAUGAUGCAAGUAUACAGCACAGUAGUGGAAUAAAGCAUGAAUUAGGGAAUUGCAAGGCAGCCACUGAUACAUUGGAGCAUUUUUCUGAGUUACAGACACCUGAGUAUACAAGUAGCUCAGCAUCUCUCAAUGACAAAGACGGGGCAAGCUAUGCUAAGGACAAGACAUCAUCUGCAAUUCCAAGUCUUAGUUCUGUACAAGAAUCAAUGUCUCAAAUUAAGGUUGAGACUGAAAUGGACACCAGUGAGAUGAAUAAUACUCAGGAAACGCUGGAUGUUUUUGUAGAAUCUGAUUACAAAUCAUCAGCGAGAGUUUCUCACUCCAGUAGCGCUAAUGAAAAACAUCAGUUGUACAGUAAUGAAAUGGAUGUUAUAUUGGGGCAACAGUCCCCUCCUUCAGAUGACUCUGGUGGAAGUGUCUGUAACACAGACAGAAUGCAACAUAGUUCAAACACAGCUUUAACCAGUUUGAAACUGAAAGCUUCAUCUGGCCAAUUUAGUAAAUUCUAUCUCCCAAAUCCCACUACAAGCAACACUAGCAAGCUAUAUGCCACAUGCUUUGUUUGUGGUAAACAGCUAAGCAACCAGUAUAAUUUGCGUGUCCAUCUGGAAACACAUCAGAAUGUUAAUUAUGCAUGUAGUGUUUGUAGUCAUAUAUCCAGGUCACGAGAUGCUCUGAGAAAGCAUGUAUCUUAUAGGCACCCUGGUGAAGCUCGGGAAAAAGUGGGUUUUGGGGGUCUUAUAAAAGAUGCUCGUAUUUCUGGAGGAAGUGCUUCAAGCACAUCAAAGAAAUCUAAAAUAACAGAUAAUACUGAGGAUGAUAAACCCGUCUCAACAUAAAAGAUAUAUUUCUGGAAACAAUAUAUCAAUACUAGUAUAGAUGAAGAGUCUUGAUUGCAGGAAAUUACUAUUUAUUGUUGUAUAUAAUUUACUUGGAAUCUGUAAAAGUCAUUUUCAACAAUACCAAAUACAUUUCCUUGUUGGUUUUAAUGUUAAAAAGAGCUUUAUAUGUUAAAGAUUUUAUGUAUACACAUACAAACUAGUAUGUCAUUGUUUUUAAGCAUUUUAGCAUAAUGUUUGGAAUGCUUUAAUAAGUGUGUGUGUGUGUGUGUGUGUGUGUGUGUGUGUGUGUGUGUGUGUGUGUUUUGAAAAGAUGAAGUGUAAGUAAAGUUUGAAUAUGAAUUCACCAAAGUGUUUUUCCACCUUUAUUAUAUACAAAUAUAUUCUAAGAUACUGAUAUUCACAGCUAACAGAAACAAGAGUCUUUCAUUCGCACUUGUGCCUUAAUAUAUCUGUAUUUUACUGUAACACCAAAAACUAAAUGAAAAUGUUAUUUUCUCUGUAAAUUUUUAUGAAAAAAUAUUACGCUUAAGAGGUAAUAGUGCCUACUGUGCAAUAUGUGAAAGUACCUGUGGAUUAAGCCAAAUUAUUAAAUAUUUUAUAAUAACUAAAAUCAUAAUUUUGUGAGUGACUGGGAAUGUUAACCAAGAAAAAUUAUUUCUUGUAGAACUGCUGUCAUAUGUGCGACUUAUUAAAUUAUCCUCUUUACUGUGAGGUCUUGCAUUAAGAGUGUUUGUAAUGUUAUUAGUGGACAAAAAUGUAUAGAAUUAUAAAACAAAAUAGCCUUAGGUACUUAUAUUGUCUUCAAUCAUCAUUGUCAUUCUUGUACAAAGUUUUUUUUUUUUAUACUGUUCAAGUAGAUAAACAUCAAAAAAUGUUUUAUGUGGUAGUUGACACAGACAUCAUAAAUUCGUACAUCCUUUAAAGGACAGGAGGGGUUGGAAGAAGUGGAAUGAUUGAAUAAGAAACCAAUACUUGGGGUGAACAGACAUACAAUGGAACAGGACAAAUAAAUUAAAAAGGCCAUUCCCUUUAGUUUAGGAGAUGAAGGAAUACCUAAUUCCAAAAGCUAAAGUUUAUGUUGAUUUUUAUUCAUAUCUGUUGUUUCUGCCAUCUGAUAUGUAUUACUUGAGAAGACCUACUGCAGUCCUUGUCAGAGUGCGAGCACCAUUGUGUUUACAUUUGAGAAAGGGAUAGCAACAGCAUUACACUUCAUUAUCCGUACAACUGAAGUACCUUCAUGCACUUCACUCAUAUCUGCCAACAGUUAAAUAUUCCUCACAACUUUCUCUUUGGUUUUUCUUAUCCCACACUGCCACUUCAUCAGCGUUUAUUCAUGGUAUAACAUUUUUAAAUCUAUUUCUUGUCCAAACCAUUGUCCAUUUGAAGUAAAUCCAUUUGAAUAAAUAUCUGCUGUAGUAUACCAUUUUCACAACUAUAUUUUGAUGUUCACGCAUCAUGACUCAUAGUAUCCAGCAAAUUAAAAUCAAAUUGUCUAGAUAAAAUAACAUACUAUCUUUCCUUGUUUGAAGCCCAGUUCUGUGCAAAAAUCUGAGGCAUUUCCACAGAGCUCAUAUUUAAUUACACUGCUUAUAGUGUUACAAAAUUUGCCGUUUAAUAUCACAGUUAUGCAUAUUUGAGCAUAUUGCAUAUACUUCUUUGGACUCAGUUCUCGAAUCCUGCUUCUUUGAUAUUACAUCCCUCUUUCUGUAAUUUUCACAGCUUUGACCUCCUCAACUUUAACAUUUUGGAAGCACAUUUCCUCACCUUCUCCACUAGAGAUGUCAUUUUUUCCUUCUCAUCAUCAAUUAAUAUAAUGACAGUAGUAGAAAGCCUGUCCAUAUACAUAUUUCUACAGUCAUUUUCCCACAUGUUUCAAGGAAUCUGCUUUCAGCUGGAACAUUACAGAACCAUAAUACUUCAUGCUUUAGCAGGUACCACAGUCCACUUUAUCAAUAAAUAGAAAAAGAAUAUAUUCUAUAUUAAUUUUAUUAUAGCUCCUUUUUGGAGAUCUUUUUGUUUAGAGAUGCUAUUGUAAUAAGGUUGAUAUGAAUUUGAUUGGUGUUUGUGAAAUUAAAAAUGUAAAUACAGAAUGAUAUUUACUUUACAUCUGUUAUUGGAAAGGUCUAUAUAUAAAAAUAUUUUUAGAUCUAUUGAAGUGCGUGUAAUCUGCAUUAUACACAGUGGAAUACAGUAAUUGUUAUAACAUCUGCAAUUGAAAUGACAUUCACACCAAAUAUUGUCCUGUUAGUGUGUUUAAUUUUCAUAUUUUGUAGCUGUACAUAUAUUGCAUUAUAUGUCAGUGUUUGCUGUUUGUACUUUUUUGUGAAAAAUGUGAUUGUAGAUAUACAGUUACAAGUUCCUUGUCACGCUAGUCAAUUUUAGUCAAAGCUGCCACACUGUGAACUUUAGUGCAAGUCUUUGUCCCUCUAAUGGGAGUAUUCAUUAAUAGAUAUGUAUCAAGAAUCAGUGCCUUAUAAUGUUUUAGCUAAAUGACUGAAACAAAAUAUAAUAAAUCCUAGUCUGAUUUAUUAACACCAUUGCAUGUUAUUUCUAGACACUGCACUCUGUGUACUAUAUAUUUCAAGCGUUGCUCAGUUUAAUUUUAUUGUCACUAAAGUUUGUAUUACAUAUGUUGUUAUACAUGAGCUUUAUGUGUUACCUGGAGAAAUAUCUUCUCUGCAGAAGCAUCAGCCAUGUGGCUAAGGUGGUAGAGUGGCUGGGAAUUAUAUCACACUUCUAUUAAUUCAUUUAGAUUUGAAGUACUUGGCCAGAAACGGCUCCAGGAAGACCUGUGGUCAUAUAACCUUCACUUCAUACAAAUAGAUUUUUGCUUAUUACUUGAUGUGCCACAGGUUUUUGUACCUGGUUACCAAUGUGAGACAUAAAUUGAGACAUUGGCUUGCACAAUCAAUGUCAAAUACUAUGUUCACUGUUUAUUUUUUAGAAAGUCACCACAUUAAUUAGAGUUGUAUUUUACUCAUUCUCUCUAUGAUCACAGUUUCAAUUUGUGCUGUAUAUUAUUUUAUUAUGGUGUGACAGUGUGAAUUAUCUCUAGGUUCUGUAAGUAUAUGGAGGAAUCAGUGCGAAAUUGGGUUCUGAGGCUAAGUUCUAUAUGCUUUACUGUCUGCAGAAACUAUCUUCUAUGUUUUCUUUCUCGGAUGUGUGCGCCUACAUAAGCCUGCCGAAGGGGGAAAAGUAAAGAAGUUGCCUAAUGCAGCUCUGUGCAUCCCCGGAAGAUACUUCACUUAUAUUACAAAAAUAUAAAUUAGAGGUAGCUAUGUUCCUUGAAUAAUUGUUUCAUGAUAUUUGACUGAAAAACAGGUUUAUUAUCUCUUAAAACAAGAAGAAAAAUUAUCUUCCCCUUAGCUAGUCUAAUAGUUGGCUGUUACACUUAAUAAUGAAAGUAGAAUUGUAAACUAUAAAUAAAAGUAGUUAAAUGGGCUUUCAGUUUAUGACUACUCCACAUUAAAAAUAGAGAGCAAGUACUUUAAAGUACUUGAAGCAUAUUAAAGUAGUGCACAGUCAUAUUUCUUUCUGUACUUACUGGUGUCUUUUAUCCAUGGUAGACACAGUACCUAGCAAAGUGACCUUUAUCUUUUCUCUUUUCUAAGAGUCUGUCCCCUACCCAAUUGGUGUUGAUUCUGUUUCAUCUUUAACUGCCAUGGAAAUUUUGUGAAUUACAUCAGUGGUCCAUCUUACCUCUUCAAAUCCAUCUACAACCUUUAUUAUUACUAUAAUUAUUAUUAUUGGUAUUGUUAUUAUUAUUUUGCCACAUUGUGCAAGAUGUUUUUAAUGCCACAUGUAAUAUUAAAAUUAUUUUUAUUAUAAUAACUGCUGUCACUGUUACUCUCCACCCUCUACCACCGCUACAACUACAAUUGACAAUGGACAUAGAGUUCUGUGCAACUGCGAGACACACUUAGACUUGAGAUUGACAAAAAAAAAUUGCUAACAACUGAGAAGAGAACCUGUGAUAGUAUUCAAAGUUGCAUGAAUUUUUAGGUUCAUAAUGUUCUUAUUAGUCACAUACGGUACUUCAAUACAUUCUAAAGUCAAUAAAUUGCUAAUUGUUACUCUGCUUCCAUACAAAUGUUUCCUUUAGAUACAUACCACAACUACAAUGCAUAGCAACAAUUUCAAAUAUAUCCCCAUAAAAUGUGAAUAUAAAAUUCAUCUUCAUUCUUAAAGACUUUAUCCUUAAUUGAUUAUCAGCUUUUUAUUUCUUUUUCAUUUAGUGAAUUUGUCUCUUCUACACGUCUGUCACCAAAAUAAGCAUGGUUUCUUUAAUAUUUGGCUUAGUUCUCAGUGAAAUAUGCUAUGUACUGGAAAAAAGGCUUUGUUGCCAUGUCGUUUUACUUGUACUUCACAUUUAAAAUCUUUGAUCUUGUUUUUCUAGUUGCCUCCUUUUUUUAAUUUCUUUGUCACUGUAUUCUAAACGUCAUCUGAUCAUGUUCUAUAGAGCUUUUUUAUCUUUGAAUAUAGGUACACUCAAUUAGAUUCAGUUUGCAAAUCUGCUUCAGUCUUUACUUUCCUGUUUCAGAGAAACAAAAAAAAGCUGUAACAGUUUCUAAAGUUGGCUAAAUGUUGAAGAUUUCUUACACUCUACAUUGUGUAUGUUUAAAUUUUCCUGUGUAGUGAUACAUGUCCAUUUCCCUCAUGCAGCUUUAUAAUAUUUCAAAUUAUUAUUAGUGGUGUUCACUUUCAAAGCAGCAGAUUCUAGUCAGAAAAUUGUUGCAUCAUUGUGUGAAAUUGUCAAAAUUCUACUAAUUGCUUUCUUACAUUUAGUUUAAUUUCUUUCAUAGUAUUUGCAGAAAAGAACUUCAUGAUAAUUUGUUCCAUAAGUAACUGUUUGCUGUAAUGUAGAUGACUGCAUUGUCUUUGAUGAGCAGUGAGAAAAACAGUAGCAAAUCACUGAGUAUUUACAGACAUGUUAUAUACGUAUAUGAUGGACCAUGAUUUUUGUUUUCCUAGGUAAAGACAUUCCCUUGAUGGACAGUUGUAUAGUUCGCAAAUUUAUUAUUUGAAAACUGAAGCAAGGUUGUUGGCAAUAAAGAAAUGUGAAACAGGAGAGGAUAAAUACAAGUGAGGGGUGUAUGACCUGUUAAAGGGAAGGAAGAGACCUUUUUACUACAUGGAUCUCCAUCUUCCUCCACAUUGUGAGCAACAUAACUAGUGAUAUGUCUUCCCACCAUUCAAGUAGUCAAUUUUAACAAAAAAUCAAAGUUAUAUUUAGAGUCAUUCAGUAUUUUUCAUGAACAGUGAAAACUUAUGAGGAUUAAGGGUUAUUUAAAUUAUACUUCUAGAGAAGAGAUUGAUAUCGUGUAAGCUGAAAAUGAGUUACACGUCUUCCUCACAUAUUAUAUUAAUUACAUAAUACAUACAUAUGUAUAAUUUUUAGAACUUUGUUAAUUUUAACUAGUACUUGUAUUGUUAUGAAUUCUGCAAAUGCAGGAAGUAUCUUAUUAUAAUGCAGUGAAUAGCUGGUUCUGGGAAAAUUCAUAUUUAAUUGUUCAUGCUUUGUGUAUGCUUAAAAUUAAGUCUCAAAAGUUGUAGUUUUUAUUGCAUUUUAUUAUUCUUCACUACCAGUCUUGUCAAUCUCAGCUGCUUUAGAAGGUUGCUCCCUCAUUUAUGCAAUCUGCAUAGUACUGAUUUCUCAUAAUGAGAUAUCAACAUGAAAAUUCUAAAACAAAGUUAGUAACCUAUGACUUGUGUGUGGCCUAACAAAAGUAACUAUAAUUUACAUAGUCCACAAUAUGCUCAAUUGGUCACAGAUGAAUACAGGGAAAAACUAGAAACCAAUAUUCCUUGAUUUAUUAAUAAAUUUUUAUGCAUUACAGUGUUAGCCAUCUUCAGAAUUUGUAUAUAAAAAUGGAUACAAACAUAUGGAGGUGCUUGGGGCAAACAUAUAACAAACAGAAGAUAUAUCAAAUAAUUACAGCUAAGACACAUGUAGCAAAAUGGAGCCAUACGGUACACGAAAACUAGAAACAUCCAAAUUUUACAAAAUAUAUCUACUUCCCUGGUUGAGAUAAAAAGCAGAGGAUUACAUAUUAACAUGGUUGUUUUGCGACAAACAUGUGCAGAUUGACAGAAUUCAAACUGUGAGUACAGAGAGUGUCAUCACUAAGUGGUGCCACAGUACAGUCUUGCUGACAACCAGUGCCACCCAAGAAGAACAAGAAAAAUACAGUUAACUAUUUAUAACUGUAAAAUAAGAUGUCAGUGACAUUGUAUAAUCUGUAUGAAUAAAAUUGAACUAGUGCAAUGGCCAAAAAGUUAAAUUAUUUUAACAUAUGGCACAUAAUUGGCCAACGUCUGAAACAUUUAUGAAAAGAAAUACUUUAUUACUAAGUAGCAUAUGUACAGUGAAUAGCUUCAGAAAUAUGAAUUGUCAAAUUAUGAUAACAAUAAAAAAGCUACCUCAUAUACAGCCACACAUACAAACUAAUAAUACCAUUUAAAAUAUAACUGGAUAGCAGUAUUAAAACAAUAAUAAAAUU